GCUACUGGAGGGCUGUGUUAAAAAGUUUGCAUAGUAACUGCAUGUUACUUGUGUUUAAAGCAUAAGGACUUUUAUUGCUGGGCACAAGUUACCAGAAGGAGACAAGUUAUCUGGUUUCAAGGACUGGCUACUAGCUGCUGACUUAAGUGUUUGGGGAGCGGGCUGCUUCCAGGAGAAAUCUCCAAAGGACUACUGGGUCUACAUGGAGCUUGUGGCCGGUACAACCGAUACUGAGAGAACAGUAAAUUUCUAUAAGAAUCCAUUGCAUGGCUAUACUCUGCAGCUUCAGAACCAGUUUGUGAGGAAGAUCGCAAGAUCCAAGAACGACCCAAGCUUCUCGUAUCCAGACACAACCACCCUUCCUUCAACUACUCCAAAGGGUAUUGCCACCAACAGUAAAUUCAAGGACUUAAGACAUCCUAUUGCUGUGAGAAAGACUGCAAUUGCAUCCAAUGUCUUGGCUACAGAUACUAAAUUACAAGAUACCAAGUCAAGCAAUUUUGAUCAACAGUAUCCCAUUCAUGAUGCACCACAUUCUCUCUCCAUAUGUCGCGCAUUCAGGGGCAAGCCUAUCAAAGAACGUAUGACAUACCUCAAGGAACAUAAUAUCUGUUUUAAGUGUUGCGCAUCUUCCAAUCACCAAGACUGUAAGAAUGAUGUCAGAUGUUCCCUGUGUAACAGUGCCAAGCAUGUGGACGCUCUUCACUCAGACUCAUUCAAAAGGAAACCUUCACCUGGCAGCAACCCCAAGACUACACCAGAUGAUGGCGGGGAGAGAACUAAGCAAAAUGCCAACCCUGUAACCACAAGAUGUACAGAGGUUUGUGGAGAAGGGCUUCAUAGCAAGUCUUGCAGCAAGAUAUGUCUCGUUAGGGUUUUUCUGAAGGAUGCCCACAAAAUGCCAUAAAAAUGUACGCCAUAAUCGACGAUCAGAGCAAUUGCUCAUUGGCCAGUCCAGAAUUCUUUUACUCAUUCAACAUUCACUCCCCUGCCCUGUACAUUUGGACUUUGUGAUUUUAACCAAGUUUGAUUAAUAAAGGAUAAGAUUUUACACAGUUCUUUCUCAUAGCAACUCCAUCCAAAGAAGAAUCCUACGUAUGCGCUUUUAGUACAAUGUUUAACAUUCAUGGAGAGACCUGGUCCUAUACCUUGCAGACAUGUGCCGGACAAGUCAGCACUUCUGGAAGAAGAGCCCAUGGCUUCAUAGUGGCAUCAGAAUAUGAGAACAUAGAGUUUCCUCUACCAACACUAAUCGAAUGUGAUCAGCUACCGAAUAAUAGAGAAGAGAUCCCCACACCUGAGGUUGCACGUCAUCACUCUCAUUUGAAUCACAUUGCUGAUUAUAUUCCAUCACUUAACAAGGAUGCGAAGAUCAUGAUCCUUCUAGGGAGAGACAUUCCCAGAGUUCAUAGUAACAGUCCAGCUGAUGCUCCCCAUGCCCAGAAACUCGAUCUUGGAUGGGUGAUAAUAGGAGAGGUCUGUCUAAAUCGAUCGCACAAGCACUUGGACGUGGCUUCCUACAAAACCAAUGUGGAGGGAUCAGAACGAAUACAAAGAAUCAGUUGACCUGAACAAUGGAACUAUGUCCCGACCAGGUUGAAUCCCGCAGACAUCGCCACAAGGUCUGUGCCAGCAGUUGUCCUUAUGCAAACCAUUUGGUUGUCAGGACCCAAGUUCUUAACAGACCAGUCUUCUAUAGACUCUGAAGGAGACAUCAACUUCCACCUGGUGGAUCCAGAUACUAAUCCAGAAAUCUGACCAGAGGUUAAAACAUUGAGCUCCAACAUCUGCUCAAGAAGAAACUUGGAGGUGAGACGUUUUGAACGUUUCUCUUCUUGGAAAAGAUUAGUAAAGACUAUUGCAAGAUUGAGUCAUAUUGCACAGAGUUUCAACAAGUCCAAUCAGAAGUCCUCUUGUCAUGGAUGGCAUACCUGCAAAGAGCCACCUAAUGCAUUAGAGUAUGAGAAGGCAUUCAUCAUACGUCAUGUGCAAGAAGAAGUCUUUGCAGAAGACAUUAAGUGCUUGAGAGGCAAUAAACCAGUCUCGAAGGGUAGCCCACUAUUCACCCUGAACCCAGUAAUCGUCAAUGAAGGAAUACUUAGAGUCGGUGGACAGCUAAAUAAGUCAAACUUGCCAAGAAGAGAACAGAACCCCUUGAUAGUACCAAGAAAAAACCAUCUGGCAACCUUGAUUAUGCGGCAUUACCAUGAGGAAGUAAGACACCAAGGAAGACACUACACAGAAGGUGCUAUCAGAGUUGCAGGGUUCUGGAUAGUUGGAGUGAAAAGACAAAUAGCCACGAUCAUUCACAGCUGUGUCAAAUGUCAGAAGUUAAGAGGUAGACAGCAGUAUCAACAGAUGGCUGACUUACCCACAGACAGACUGAGCGAAGAUGCACCCUUUACAUAUGUCGGGAUAGAUCUAUUUGGACCAUGGACAGUGACGGCCAAAAGAACCCGCGGUGGUCAACAGCAAAAGAUGGGCUGUAAUGUUCACUUGCCUAAGUGUAAGAGCCAUACAUAUUGAAGCGAUCGAGUCAAUGGACACCUCAAGUUUCAUUAAUGCUCUCCGGAGAUUUCUUGCUCUAAGAGGUCCUGUGAAGAUGUUGAGAUCGGACUGUGGAACCAACUUCAUUGGUGCGUGUAGAGAGUUACAGAUAGACCAACAACAAGUUGCAAAUUAUUUGAGUGAUCAAGGCUGCGUGUGGAAAUUCAACCCACCACACUCUUCACACAUGGGCGGAGCAUGGGAACGCAUGAUUGGGAUGGCAAGGUGCAUACUGGAUGCAAUGUUGCUUGAAGUAAGUUCUUCACGCCUUACCCAUGAGGUUCUCACCACUUUCUUUGCUGAGGUUGCAGCAAUAAUCAACUCAAGACCAUUGACUGCCAUAUCUACAGACCCAGAGUCUCCAACUAUCUUAAGUCCAGCCACAUUGUUGAACUGGAAGAUUGGACAGAUUUCAGCAAAGGGUAUCUUCGAUGAAAAGAACAUGUAUAAACGACAGUGGAGAUACGCUCAAUAUCUUGCGGAUUGUUUCUGGGACAGAUGGAGAAAGGAAUAUCUCACACUUCUCCAAGGUCGCAAAAGGUGGCCAGAAGCCCAAAUUAAAGGAGAAGGAAAGGUUAAAACAAAGUAACCUUUAUCAGAAAGAUCCACCUAAAUAUACCAGUAAACCCUCAAAGAAAUGCUACUCUGAGUCCUCUGUCAAAAUAAACACUUAAU